AUGCGCUCUGCUCCCCCCACCCCGCGCUGCUCCGGGGCCACCGAAACAGAACGGGGAGUCACGGAGGUGCUGGCCCGUCACAAGGAGCACCUGCAGGGCAGGUUCACCGAGGUCCCCUGCUCCGCCGACUACGACAGCCACAAAAGAUACGAAGGGUGCACUCCUCGGAAGUGUGGAAGAGGGGUAACCGACGCAGUAAUCACCAGGGAGGAAGCGGAAAGAAUCCGUAGAAUAGCAGAGAGGGGACUGUCCUUGGGAGGAUCUGAUGGAGGGGCUUCAAUUUUGGAUUUACACUCUGGAGCUCUUUCACUGGGGAAGCAUUUUGUCAAUCUCUACAGGUACUUUGGGGACAAAAUUCAAGACAUCUUCACAGAAGAGGAUUUUGCAUUAUAUCGUGAUGUGAGGCACCGAAUUCAACAGAGAAUUGCUCAGGCGUUUGGUAUCAACCCCUCUUCCCUGUACCUGACGAAGCCGACGUUCUUCUCGAGGAUAAAUAACACGGAAGCCAAAACUACGCACGACGAAUACUGGCACCCCCACGUCGACAAGGUAACUUACGGCUCUUUUGAUUAUACUUCCCUGCUCUAUCUCUCUGACUACAGCGAAGAUUUUGGCGGUGGACGGUUUGUGUUUAUGGAUGCAGGCUCCAACAAGACUAUCGAGCCCCGAGCAGGCCGGGUUUCCUUUUUCACCUCUGGAUCGGAGAACCUUCAUCGGGUGGAAAAGGUUCGCUGGGGCACUCGCUAUGCCAUCACCAUCUCCUUCACUUGCAACCCAGACCACGGCAUUGGGGAUCCAGUCCUGACGUAACGCUUCCUGGGAUGGAACGUGAGGUUGAAUGGAAUGAGAGAAGCCCUGCAAAGGAAGGGGAAAAACGCAGAUAACAUCUCGUGUAAACUCCCAUUCAACUAGAAUUUCCCGAUUGGAUUAAUAUUUUGUAAAACGUUUUGUUUGCGCCAUGUUGUUUUCUGUAAGUGUUGCGAACAGUGCCUUAAGGACCAUCUUAAAUGUGGUAUAUUCUGUAAAUGGUUUGUCUUCUUGUCCUAAGAGGAUAGGCUACAGACCAAGAAGAGUCCUGCGGUGCUCUUUAUUUUUUAUUUUUAUUUUUGUUUUUUAAAUCUUUGGUUUAAAAGAUGCAAACCACCUUUUGGACUGUCCUAAUAUGACUCCCCAUGCUGCUGUUAACUGUUGUUAAAUUCUUUAGUCUCUUCCAUUACUAAUGGGAUGUAGAAAGUUUCGCUGCAGUUAAUACGGCAGGAUGAGUGUUAUUUUGCUGAACGUAUUUUUAUUGAUAGAAGAAUGUAUUCCCCUCGGCAUGGGCAUUAAUUAGUUGGCAAUACACCUGUGGGUUGAAUACUGGAACUUACUUGACUUGAAUUUUUUUUUUUAAACAAUUUUUUAAGUAAAUUACUACAGGUAUUUUCUGCUACAGACAGGGACUAGUUAAUACAAAAGCAGAAAUACAAUCCUGUAGUUAGCCGGAAAGCACAGAGCUCUUGGGUCACCAGUGUUGUGGUACAGUGGGGAAUGACACCGCGUUAGGUCCCUCUGAUCAGAAAGCAGCGUUCUGAACUCACCCUCGUUUUAAUGAAAGGGGUUACAGUCUCCUGGUCCUUCCAUUUUAGUGCCCUUUGCACAAUGCAGGGUUUCACUGGGGUGCCCAGGAGGAGUCCUGAUGUCCAAGUACCGCUCUCCACUGUUCCUGUGCCAUAGAGACCUUCAGCUACUUUGGGUGCUGCUCGCCCUGUAGCUUUAGCAGCGUGGAGCUGAGCAGGGACUGCCAACUCCUCCUCUCUCUAGAAGAUGUCCAAAUGCUUAGGCAGCUAAUCUGAGCUCCAUGCGGUGACAACAGUACUACUGACCAUAUCUAAGCAAGUUAGCGUAUCCCUGAUGGAUUGUAGUAGUGCAAUUUUCAGAAGUUCUCUCAACAUUGGUACAUUAUUUUCAUUAAAAUAUGAAUUCCACAGAGAGUCAAAUCAGCCAGUGCUGAAUACCUGCAGCCUAUUCUGUAACAAGGUUGACCACCUCCUACUAUAGUUAAGAGCUCUUUAUGGGAAUGGCUUGACCAUACAAGUGUGUCCUUGGAGUAAAUAUAAAAAGGAGAGACAGGUAGGGGUAGUCAGACAGUUUUCUGGAUUCAUCUGAGCGAGUAAUUCCCAGUUAGGACAGCAGGACUUGGGAGAGGACACAGCUGAGAGGAAAGCUAGUUCCUUUGGUGAUUUCUUCCAUGGGCCAGUUCUGGCCUCCUUAGAAUGGAUUCUGUAAAUCCUGGCUUUCUGCUUGGAAGGCUGGAUAAGAAAACCACCAGUGAAGGAGACUGGUGUCCUCUUACGCUUUAAAUGGAAGUGGUCCAGGGUUGGAGCUGUCAUACAUCCAUGUGUGGCUCAAAACCAGAGACUUUCAUUUUGAAGAUGGUAAAAUACUUUGGAAACAUCUAUUUAUUCAGCCUAAACUUAAGCUUAAGACUAAACUGAAAGAAGCUCUGAUUUUUUUUUUUUUUUAAAUUGUUCCCACAAUUACAAAUCUUGUGGAAUGAAUACUGUGUUCAUCUUGUCCGAAGCAAUAUUUUAUCUGUUUCAAAAAGUUUCUCAGUAGGUCUUUUUGGACUUUUUUUUGUUUAAUAUGAAGACUUUUUCUAUUAACUGUGAUCAUUGGUCUGUGGCGUUAAUAGAAUAAUAAAUUUCAAGAACUUCAGAAAAGAGGGAUUGCAUUGUAAUACAGAUGAAAUAAUGAACCAAAUGUGUAAACUUAUGAACUACUUUCCUUUGUUGUUAUAGUCAAAGGGUUUUAUGGAGCAGCGCAUUGUUAAGUAAAUGGUAGGAAAAACUAAUUUUUUUCCUCAAUCAGAUUCUGAAGCAAACAUGUUGAUUCAGUUUACUAAUAAUCUGUAUCACUUCUAUGAAAUUUUGUGAGACUCUGGGAAUCUAGUUUGAUUUUUUUUUUUUUUCCCCUGCACACGGGUUUAAUCUUUGUUUUAAUCUACUCUUGAAUGGAAAUACUAAAUAUUGGGGGAUUGCACUGAAGAUCACUAUAAUGAGGAAUGAUGACGGGACACUUGCAUCUGUUCUAUGGGUAGUAGUCUCAGCUGGCACACCAGCAAGAUUAGUUUUCUAUUAUUUCUUUUUGUUGUUUUGAGAGACUAAACACUUCCUUGUCCUCGUUAACAAGGAAGAAUUGUUACAGUGGCUGGAUGCUAGGAAGCAGUAGAGUUAGUUGGGUUUGGUAUCUAAAUACUUGUUCCAAAGCCUGUUAAUUCCAAGAAGUUUGCAUUACACUUCAGUUGUACGUCUGUAUGAAGAUAGACCAAGGUCAUCAGCAACAGAUUUAUUGGGUUAAAACUCAGUUCCUACCAGUAUCUUGUCAUUUAAAUGUACGGCCAUUUCCACAGAAAUAUUUGAUAUUAAUGGAAGCUGAAUACCUGGGGAUCUCUGUGUAUCUGGGUUGUGAUUCUCCAGGUUGAGGUCCUCUGUUCUAAAAAUUCUCACCUCCCCGUAUGUCCUACCACGGCUCUAUAACACUAUCCUAUAAAUUAAGUGUUUUGCCACUCUGUAAGUGUUUGUUAGUUCCUUCUGUCUGUCUGGCAGGCUUUGAGUUGCCCUAUAUGAAAAUGACACUUCUUUCAGAGCUGCCCUCCAUAAAAUAUUGCUUAACAAGAACCUGUUAUACCUUGGGGGAAAUCUCAGCUAACCUCCUCUCGGGUGUUACCAUUUCGGAGAUCCUGUGCAUUGUAAUUCCUUCAAAACACGGUGCAUUUCUUCCAUGCUGUGAAUUGACUGACAUUCAGAAAUAAAAUCAAGUUGGUA